ACUUCCAAAAACAACCAACUACCCUUCAAAUCCCACGAAACUUCAACAAACAAAGAUACCAUUCCCACGCAACGCAACGCAACCUCUGUCCUCUCCAAACCGGUGCUCCUAUUCCAUAACAUAUGCCUGAGAGAUAUCUGCGGCGGAGGGCUCAGGCGACUGGUGGUCGGAAAAGCAAGCCGCCGAACCCAUCUUCAUCCCCUCGGAGGAGGAGCCCGCCCCCUCGGAGAUCGGCGAAGCUGGCUUCCAAGCCCAUAAAGAUUUUGAAGCGAUGCUCUUCGGAACCGGUUCUUUGCAGCACCAGCGACGAUGAUCGGAGUUUGAGAUCCGAGGGUGUUUCUGUUCUUGAUAGGCCUCACACAUUUACGGAUAUGUGCGCGUCCUCGCCUUCGUUGUUCGGUCCCUCUCCGCAGAAGUAUGAGGGAUACAAGAAAGAUGCAAAGGUGGUGGUUAAUGUGACAGUCGAAGGAAGUCCAGGACCAGUGCGGACCAUGGUUAAAUUAGGGGCAAGUGUGGAGGACACCAUCAAGCUUGUUGUUGACAAAUAUAGCGAAGAAGGCCGAACUCCUAAGCUUCACCGGGAUGCAGCAUCCUCAUUCGAAUUGCAUGACUCCUAUUUCAGCCUUAAAAGUUUGGAGAAAUCAGAAUUGGUCGGAGAUGUUGGUAGAAGAAGCUUCUAUCUUCGAAAGAGUAGCAGUGGUCCUAGUAGUAAUGGAGCGUCUCCAUGCACUUCAGACAUUAAUGUUCCGGCAAGAGAAAGCUCUCCCCCACCCAUUCCACCUCCUGCAUUCUUACUCCCAUCUUUCAUAGCUCGAAAGAUCAGUCAAUUUUUUAGAAGAACACGUAGGCUUUGGAAACUCUUUAUCUGCAUAUAAUGAUGGAUGACCCAAACACCACACCCAUCGUUAAUUAUAUUACUGUUUUUUCUUUCUGAAUCAGUUUCCCUUUUCUCCGUUAAUACAAAUUCACUGUUCUUUCAUACGUUAAGAAUGUACAGAUUACAAUACAAGAUUGAGUCUCGAAAUUAUUUGCUUUCUCAAUCAUUUGAUGAAUAUAUAUGUAAAUUGCUGCAAAAGUAAUCCUUUUGCUGGUU